AUGGAUUCCGAGAGCAAGACAUCACCGAACUCCAAAAACACUCCAGCAAACCCCCCCUCCGACCCAGGCCUCAAACAUGGCAUCUCCAUGCAAAUCAUCCGCUCCCUCCUACUGGCUGCCUGGUUCGAAUGCAUCAUCUUCGCCAUCUUCGCAACCCAACUCAUCGGCUCCCCGCUCUACAUAAUCAACAAAGAUUACUACUACACCUACAUGGCCUACACAAAGCAAAGUUUCGGACUAGCAAUCACCGCCCUAACACAAUGGGCAGCACCGACUCUAUUCCGCGUCAGCGGCGACGCAAGCGUAAGAGGCCAACUCCAUCUAUCAGAUGACGGUCUACUACGCACUCAAUUCCCAGAACGACUGGUCAUGAUCGCCAACCACCAGGUCUACACUGAUUGGAUAUAUCUGUGGUGGUUUGCCUAUACGAAUUCCAUGCAUGGACGUAUUUUUAUUAUCAUGAAGGAAUCGCUCAAGUAUAUCCCCGUCGUGGGUCAGGGAAUGAUGUUCUACGGCUUUAUCUUUAUGGCCAGGAAAUGGGUCUCCGAUAAACCGAGAUUGCAGUAUCGAUUGCAGAAAUUGAAGUCCAAACAUCAGGGUUCACAGUCUGGUCAGCCGAAUUUUGAUCCGAUGUGGUUGCUUAUUUUUCCAGAGGGAACGAAUCUUUCGAAUAAUACUAAGCGAAAGAGUGAUGAGUUUGGCGCUAAGCAGGGUUAUCCUCCUUUUAAGCAUCAGAUUUUGCCCAGGUCGACGGGCUUGUUCUUUUGUUUGCAGCAGUUGAAAGGGACGGUGGAUUGGGUUUAUGACAGUACUAUUGCUUAUGAAGGGCCACCAAACGGCAGCUACCCCGAUAAAUACUUCACCCUCCGCACAACAUAUCUCCAAGGAAGACCGCCAACCUCUGUGAACGUGCACUGGCGACGAUUCGCAGUAGCAGACAUCCCCCUCGAAGAUCAGAAAGAGUUCGACGCCUGGCUCCGAGCCCGAUGGGCCGAGAAGGAUGCGUUGAUGGAUCAGUAUUUCGAGACUGGGAGAUUUCCAUCCGAGCUGGCUGGCACGAUCGAAGCUAAGAAUCCCACCGCCGAGCAGAAGGUGGCUCUUGAGGCUGGAUUUGUGGAAUCUCAUGUUCGCUUGCACCACUGGAUUGAACUUGGUUUGAUCUUUAUGGUGCUGGUUGGUGCGGCGUUGCUUUGUCGGCUUGUUCUUGGGUGA